AUGGAGCGUUAUGAGAGGGCACUAGUGGACCGUGACAGGGCAGAGCAGUUGCACAGUGAGCUGUUCCCCGCCGUUGCGGACGGUGGCUUAUCACUCGGACCCGAGAUCGGCAGCUCCCGCGAUGAGGAGACGACGUCGUUGCUACCGCAGAUGAGACAGCUGCUUGCCCAGCGAGACACGACUAUCUCCCAAUUGAAGGAGGAGAGGGCUACGCAUAUGAGCCAGCAGGUACACUUGAACGAUGUGAUCCUGGGGCUCACUUUGGAGCGGAACGUGAUGGAGGACAAGCUCAAAGUACUGCAGCGGGAGUAUAAGGAACUGGUGACCCGCUGGCUGGCCAAAGCACAGCAAGAAGCGGAUUCAAUGAACCGCGAUGUCGAACAGCACAGGUAA